GCCCUUCCCACAAACCCAGACUUUUCGCAAAGAGCUCUGGUGCGUGAAACUUCGAAGACGACGUCGACGACCACAUCACCCAACGAACCUCUCUCGAUCCGCCCGUCGCAUCUCCUCACCUCUCGCCAUGUCUUCCAAGACCCAGACCAAGAAGCCCGCGGGCAAGAGCGGCCGCUCCGCCAUCGAGGAUGUCGUCGCGCGCGAAUACACCAUCCACCUCCACAAGAGAGUCCACGGCGUCAGCUUCAAGAAGAGAGCUCCUCGUGCUAUCAAGGAGAUCCGCGCUUUCGCUGAGAAGGCUAUGGGUACCUCCGACGUCCGCCUCGACCCUCAGUUGAACAAGAAGGUCUGGGAGUCCGGCAUCAAGGGCGUCCCUUUCCGCCUCCGUGUCCGCAUCAGCCGUAAGCGUAACGACGAGGAGGGCGCCAAGGAGAAGCUCUACUCCUACGUCCAGGCCGUCAACGUCAAGAACCCCAAGGGUCUCCUGACCGCCGUCGUUGAGGACCAGCAAUAGAUCGCUCGGUAGGCUCCGAUGGAUGCAAGGACAAUAAGGACAUGAUGAACAGUGGCUUCUCUUUUCUACAUUCAGAGCAAGGCGUUACAUUGGAUGGAUGAGGAUACCCUCUGCUAGAACGGCCAGCCUGCUCAACACGAGCGGAAACGCAGUCGCGGUUAAGGGCAGAGUACAUGGCACUCUAGCAUUACGAGUGAAAAGUACGUCUCUAUGACAAUCAAUUGAAAGAAAAGCCUGCCGUUCAUCACAUCGUGAAUUGGUUUCAUCCUCAAUAUUGAUCUCGCGAUGCCACUCGCCGCCAAUUCGUGGGCCGACAUGGCUCUUGAUAGAUACCUUCCACUCAACUGUACUCCAUGGGCUCAUCUCUGUGCUAAGUUGUGCUCGACAGCACAUCUUGCACGACUGCAUGACCACUUGUGCCAGGGACUGAGGCCUUCAGCACCGAGACGCGCAUGCAGGCGUUUCGAACCCUCCACACGCGCAUGACAUAUACCCACAGUCAUGGGCUCGAGCUACACAUACUCGUGUCCGAUAUUGGAAACUCGUUAUACCAACCUCGUU